UUCAAUUUAAAUAAUGCAGACUAUUCAAUAAAAAAUAAAGCUUUAGACAUAGUUCUUCAAUGAGAGAACUGUGUAAAUAGAGUAAAGUGAUAAAUAUUUUAGCAAACAACUUGAAAUAAUGCACACCCAUAAUGUAUUUCCAGGGUCUACUGACCAUAAUAAAUUUAUUUACAUUUUAAAUAGGAAUGAAAAUGGCAUCUGACAACUUCGCAAUGGGAAUUUUCCUCUUUUCCCAGAUCACAGUGGGAGUGCUUGGAAAUUCUUCAAUACUAUUUUAUUAUCUGAUUUUUAUAUUCAAUGGAAAGCAUUUAAUGCCCAAAGACCUGAUUAUAGAGCACUUGACUUUAGCCAAUUGUUUGUCUAUCAUCUCAAGAGGCAUUCCAAGGGCAAUGUCAGAUUUCGGAUUUAAGAAUUUCCUAGAUGAUGUUGGAUGUAAAUUGAUCGUGUACAUUUACCGAAUAGUGAGAGGGGUGUCCCUGUAUGUCAUGUGCCUACUGACCUGUUUCCAAGCAAUCACAAUCAGCCCCAGGAACUCCAGGUGGAUGAAGCUGAAACACAGAGCCACCAAGUACAUCGGUCCCUCCUGCUCACUCAGUUGGCCUGUGCACCUGGUUCUAAACAUCUUGACUCCAGCAAGAGUAUCAGGCCCCAUUUCCAACAAAAAUGUGACUAGCAGACUGAGUUACGGGUACUGCUCCUGGUUUGCCUCCGGCAAUGUGGCAACGGCCCUGUAUAUGUUCUUUCUGUGCUUCACUGAUGGCCUAUGUCUGUGUCUCAUGGCCUGCUCAAGUGUCUUCAUGGUGAAUGUCCUCUACAGACAUAAGAGACAAGUCCAGCACAUCCACAGUGCUCAACUCCGUCUGAAAGUCUCGCCUGAGGACAGAGCUGCCCAAACUAUCCUUACCCUGGUGUGCAUAUUUGUCACCUCUUAUGCAUUCUCCUCCAUUGUUGUCAUCUUUACGACCUACUCCAAAGGGACAGUGCUAUGGAAAGUAAGUGUAUUUCUAUUUCUAGAAAUGUGCUUUCCCAUAGUUUGCCCAUUUGUUCUCCUCAGCAAUAUCAAGUCUAGUUCCAGUCUGUUUUUACCAUGCUGUGGUAAGAGAAAACUUCUUCCAAAUUUGACAUGAACCCUGCUUAUAUGCCUUUGCUGAAUUAUUUCCAUAUUCUUUUAUUUAUUGUAGAAUGCUAAGACUCCAGUUUGAACAUGUCAGAUAUCCUCCUGCCUCUACCUCCUUCAACAAAUCCUGUUUUCAUAUUCCAUAACAACUGGCAAUAAAACUCAAGUCCAUAUGGAUCAAAGACUUCAGCAUAAAUCAGGUACAAUGAAUAUUAUAUAAUAGAAAAUGGAGAAUAGCAUUAAACUCAUUGAUACAGGGACAACUUCCUGAAUAGAACAUGGAUA